AGUCUAUACUCGCCCUCACCUCUUCCCUCCUCCCUCCCCUUAAUCGCUGGCUUCGGACGAUAGCACGGCUGCCUUCUUGACAUAGGCCCCCACCAUACCUGGCCUCGCAGCUGCUGUUGUCUGUCCCCUCCAUCGCAAUUCUCCCCUCGCGACGACGCCUCUUCGCUCGCCGCCCUUCCUACCCCGCCGCUUUUUAUCAUCGAUAAACGUUUCAUUGUGGGCUGACUCCGGAUCUGCCUGCCAGCCGCCAUCAACAUGGCGCGCGUCUAUGCCGAUGUUAACGAACAUAUGCCCCGGUCCUACUGGGACUAUGACAGUGUGAACAUCUCCUGGGGUGUUUUGGAGAAUUACGAGGUGGUCCGCAAGAUCGGCCGCGGAAAGUACUCCGAAGUGUUCGAGGGCAUCAACGUUGUCAACUACCAGAAAUGCGUCAUCAAGGUACUCAAGCCGGUCAAGAAGAAGAAGAUUAAGCGUGAAAUCAAGAUCCUUCAGAACCUGGCGGGUGGCCCCAAUGUGGUCGCCUUGUUGGACGUGGUUCGCGACAGUCAGAGCAAGACGCCAAGCUUGGUGUUCGAAUAUGUCAACAACACGGAUUUCCGGACUCUCUACCCGCGGUUCUCCGACUAUGAUGUCCGUUUCUAUGUUUUCGAGCUUCUGAAGGCCCUGGAUUUCUGCCACAGCAAGGGUAUCAUGCAUCGGGAUGUGAAGCCUCACAAUGUCAUGAUUGAUCAUGAGAAGCGCAAGCUCCGCCUUAUCGACUGGGGUCUUGCCGAAUUCUACCACAAGGGCACGGAAUACAACGUCCGCGUCGCUUCCCGUUACUUCAAGGGUCCCGAGCUUCUUGUUGAUUUCCAAGAAUACGACUACUCUCUGGACAUGUGGUCCCUGGGAGCUAUGUUUGCUUCCAUGAUCUUCCGCAAGGAGCCCUUCUUCCACGGUAACAGCAACUCCGACCAGUUGGUGAAGAUCGCCAAGGUGCUUGGUACCGAGGAGCUGUUCGAGUACCUGGACAAAUAUGAGAUUGAGCUGGACCCUCAAUAUGAUGAGAUCCUUUCUCGCUUUCCCCGGAAGCCUUGGCUCUCGUUUGUAAAUGCUGAGAACCAGCGCUUCGUCAGCGAUGAAGCGAUUGACUUUUUGGACAAACUACUCCGUUAUGACCAUGCUGAACGCCUUACUGCUCAGGAGGCCAUGGCUCAUCCAUACUUCGCCCCCGUGCGGGCGGCCGAGGCCCAGGCUGCCCGGAACAACACCACGACUGCCUAAGAGUUGAACGGUGUGCUGAUAGGACUAUUUUCAUACCCCUGCAUCGGGAUCCUCGCUGCAGCGAGCCAUUUUUUUCCAGU